AUGAUUGCUAGGUCUAUCUCCCGGUCCGCUAGGCCACUGGCUCGCUCUGUUGCCGGCCCUUCGAUUGGACGUCUCUCUGUCCGAAGAUACGCUACCAACCCGCCUGGGCCCGUGGCUUCCAAGUCGGAUGCACCCUGGGCCAUCGCCUCGGUCAUCACCUUCGGUGGCCUCUUUGUCUACUUCACCGCCCCUGGCGCAAAGAAGGAUGACCACGCUCACAGUGCGAAACACGACGACGCCGAGCACGACGACGACGUUGACGAGCCCGAAGCCCCCAAGGAGCCAGUCGAGUUGCCUGACGGUAGCAUCGAGCAUCCCGAAGGUUUCGUAGAGGUCAAGCGACCUGAAUUGCGUCACGAUGCUCCCGAAGGCGACAAGCACCUCGACUCGAAGAAGCUUUCCGACGAGCACGCUCACGAAAAGCAGUCCAAAGCCAAGCGCGAGACUUCGCUCCCAUCUGACGACACCACCUUCAAGCACGGCGUCGCUGCUGCCAAGGAUGGAGACCCUGUGUCGGAUCCCAAGAAGGUCGUUGCUGCCGCUCAAACCGCCAAGCAGGACAAGGCUCAGGCCAAGUCUGAGUCUGCUGACGAAUAA